ACAAAAGAAAUUAAUAAUUCUAUGAAUGCAAAUAAAUUUAUAAAUGUUGAUGCUGAAAUUAUUUUCGAGAUGCCAUCUAAUGCUGAUAUAAUCUGUGCUGUUAAAAAUAAGAAUAAACCUUUUUAG